AUUGCUUUGGGACUGGGCUCCACAGAGUGUAUCCUUCUUACUGUCAUGGCCUAUGACCGAUUCAAUGCCAUAUGUCGACCUCUCCACUAUAGCGUUAUUAUGAACUCUAAGAUUCUCCAGACACUAGCAGCUAUGGCUUGGAUCAGUGGUUUUGUAGAGUCCACAAUUCAGACCAUCCUCAUUUUCCAGUUGCCUCUCUGCAGCCAUCACAGGCUGGAUGAUUUUGUGUGUGAGGAGCCUGCCCUCAUUAAAAUUGCCUGUGUGGACAAAACCUUCCUGGAAAAUGAGCUCUCUGUAGCUAGUGUCCUCUUUGUGAUUAUACCUCUGGGACUUAUUUUGGUCUCUUAUGGCUACAUCAUGAGGAGUGUGCUAAGGAUAAAAUUAGCCAAAGGUAGAAGUAAAGCAUUUGGGACCUGUCGGUCUCACAUGAUUGUAGUGCUCUUAUUCUUUGGGACUAUAAUUUUUGUCUAUGAACAACCUAAGAGCAAGUACACACAGAAGCAUAGUAAAUUCCUCACUCUCUUCUAUACUGUAGUGACUCCCUCACUUAAUCCUUUGAUCUACACCUUGAGAAACAAAGAGGUUAAAUGGGCUCUGAAAAGGCUGCUGGCAAGAGACUCAAGAUAA